ACUGCUGCUCAAACCCAUUUGGGGAAUGAAAUCAACCUGUUCCUUGUUUGCACCUGACUGAGCUACUCCCUUUUCAGUCCAUCCAUCCAUGUCCCACUUGGGCAGCAUUUGAACAAGAGACCUUGCCCUCCACCUCCCUUCAGGGGUAAUCAUUAGCUGGGCCCAUGAUGACUCCUGUCAGGAGGUUGCUGUUUCCUCUGCUGCUGUCUGCUUCCCUCACCGCUUUCACUGCACAGGAACACAAUGUGGAGCAACCCGUGGUGGACACCAAACACGGGAAAGUCCAGGGAAAGCGAGUGGGCAUCCAAGGGUUUGACAAACCAAUCAACGUCUUCCUGGGAAUCCCUUUUGCCAAGCCCCCUCUGGGGGAGCUGAGAUUCGCUCCCCCACAGCCAGCUGUGCCCUGGAACUAUGUGAAGGAAGCCUUUUCUUACCCACCUGUGUGCAUUCAGGAUCCAGUUAACGGCCAGCUGCUGUCAGACCUUUUCACAAACAGAAAAGAAAACAUCUCCCUCACAUUUUCAGAAGACUGCUUGUACCUCAAUAUUUACACUCCAGCUGACCUGACAAACAGCAACAAGUUCCCAGUGAUGGUGUGGAUCCACGGAGGGGGUUUAGUGGAGGGUGACGCUUCGACCUAUGAUGGCUCAGUGUUAUCAGCCUUUGAGAACGUGGUGGUGGUGAUUAUUCAGUACCGACUGGGCAUCUUGGGAUUCUUCAGCACUGGAGACGAACAUGCUCAAGGGAACUGGGGCUACCUGGACCAAGUGGCAGCCUUGCAGUGGGUCCAGGAGAAUAUCGCCAAUUUUGGAGGAGACCCAGGGUUGGUGACCAUCUUUGGGGAGUCUGCUGGAGCUGUCAGCGUUUCUGCUCUUGUUGUUUCUCCUCUGGCCAAGAACCUCUUCCACCGGGCUAUUUCUGAGAGCGGCUCUGUCCUCUUACAUGCUCUCUUUAACCCUAACAUUAAGCCAGUAGCAAAAAAAAUGGCCACCCUCGCUGGAUGUACAACUACCACAUCAGCAUCCAUGGUUCACUGUCUGCGGCGACGGACUGAGGAGGAGAUCCUGGAAACCAUGGUGAAGAUGGAUUUACUCAAAUUGGACUUACAGGGAGACCCCACGAAGAACACCCUAUUUAUGGCUGCAGUUAUGGAUGGAGUAUUUUUCCCCAAGAAUCCUGAAGAGCUACUGGCUGAAAAGAAAUUCAAUCCUGUUCCUUUUAUCAUCGGAAUAAAUAAUAAUGAAUUUGGCUGGCUAAUGCCAUCUUUGAUGCAGUAUCCUCUCUCUGAGAACCAGCUAGACCGAGACACAGUAGCCUCAUUACUGUGGAGUUCAUUCCCCAUCACGAACAUCGCUAAGGACCGUGUGCCUGCUGUAGUUGAUGAAUAUCUUGGAGUCCCAGAUGAUCCUGCCAGAAAUAAACUCCUGUUCCUCGAGAUGAUGGGAGACCUGGUAUUCGGAAUCUCGUCUGUUCGAACAUCUCGUUUCCACAGAGCUUCCGGCGCCCCUACCUACAUGUACGAAUAUCAGCAUCGGCCCAGUUCAUCUACGGGACUUAAACCAGAUUACGUCCAGGCUGACCAUGGAGAUGAGUUGAACUUUGUCUUUGGAGGCCCGUUUUUAAAAGGUGGUGCCUCAGAGGAGGAGAGCAAACUCAGCAGGACCAUGAUGAAAUAUUGGGCCAACUUUGCUCGGAAUGGAAACCCCAACGGGGAAGGGCUGGUGACCUGGCCUGCCUAUGACCAGAGAGAAGAGUACCUGCAGAUUGGACUCACCCAGAAGGUGGGAGAGAAACUGAAGGACAAGCAAGUGGCGUUCUGGACCGAGAUCAUGAGGGAGAACCCCUCAGGGGUGAAGAAAAUGCGCACUGAGUUAUAAGCUGAACAGGUCGUGAGAUCAGGCGGAGCCCAAUUUGACAAGAAUGAAAAGUGUAUUUCUAAUAUCCUGGUAUGAUUUCAACACCAAAUUCUGAAAUGAUUUUCGAUCAAGAUUCCCAAGCCCAAGGCAGCAACUACCAUCCUUUCCGCUGCCCAUUCAUUGAGAAUUGAUCUGAUAGAGUGUGCAACUAUGGUACCUUCGGAUAUUUCAAUACACUUGGAGCUCCGAAACAGAAGCUUGUUCAAUUGUUCAGGGCGAUAAAAGGGGAAAGGUUAGAUCAAUAAAUCAAUACUAUUGGUUGAGCAAUUACUGUAUGCAUUAUAUUAAGUACUUGGGAAUACAGUACAAUGCAGUAGAUUUAGAACUAAAUGCUUAAAGUUGAUUAUAAAAAUCACAAUUAAAGCACGAACUUCCAUUAA